GGUCAGACGAGCAGGUAGAAGCCGACCAGUGUCCAGGUGACGCAGAGCGCUCUCCGGGUUUUGUCCAGCAAAGCGCGGAAAGUUUUGGAGUUUUGGUUUAGAAUUCUAACCGUACAACGUCCAGGAAUCGCCGGUAAAAGGCGUAGUUCUUUGGAAAGGCGUUUGUAAGAGGACGACAACAAGAUGUUGGUGGUGAAAGUUUUGGCAGCGUUCGUCCUACUGGCGACGGCGCAAGCAGAAGUGGAAUUUCCCAGCGGUGAGAUGUUUGAACCAAUCGAAGAUCUGUCCAGCCUUGGCGCUCUGGAGUCUGAGCUGCAAGAUCCCAAGAACACCGGGAGUCAGGUGUAUGACUCGGAGGGAUUUGAAGCCUUCGGACUGUCUCUCAACUUCGACGUGAGCGACUUCAAGUCCCCGACCAGCCGGUACUUCCGGGCCCACCCCGCCUUCAUGUCCUGUCUGCAGAGGACUUACAACGUUCUGCGCAGAACUGAGGAAACGGUGGUAAUCGCGGAAGGAUACCGCGUGGCGGCGGACAGCCCCUCUGACGUGUACCUACAGACCGGGGCGGCGGCAGUGAUCCAACUCGAGGAGGAGGACGCGACCACCACCAUCCAGGAACUGGCCGCCAUCGUCAUAGAGAUCUGCGUACCCAUCUUCCAGGAGGUGCAGGGUGACAUCGGGCUGGUGCUGUUCUCGGACAAGCUGCAGGUGCAGCUCCAGGGGGCUGACGAGACCGGGCCGCUCUUCCGCGCCGAGGCGGGGGCCUCCAUGAACACCGCCGCCUUCGAGACCUGGGCUUGGGGACAGAUAGACGAGACUUACGAACCCAUCUCCGUACCUGAGUGCCCUGCGGACGCAGAUUCCCUGGCGAGCGGCGAGACCUUCCCCACCGGCAUCACAGCACCGGAGGACGAAGUGGGCGACAUCGACUACCCUGUCACUAGGGACAAGGUGGAAGACUUCAAAAGGCUUACCCAGUACCCGGCCAGCAAUAUCGUCUUCGACAACGAGGAGCGCUCGGGUGCAUGGUGCGGCUCGGAGGACAGGGGGCGCUGUGUGGACUGUUCCACCAGGAUGCUGGGGUCCAGCCUCGACGACAGGUGUGCUGACCGUGUGAUGUCCAAGGCGCUGUUGGACCAUCUCAGGACGGUACAGAGGAUGGUGCAGGACGAGUUCUCAGGAGUGAAGCUGAAAGUGCUGGAGGCCUGGGACGAGCCUCAUGCGGGCGCUACUACGGGAGAUCACCCAGCGGGCUCCCUGCACUACGAGGGGCGGGCGGCGAAGCUGACCCUGUCCGACGGCGACGCGGCAAAGCUCCCGCGGCUGGCGGCCUUCUGCAUCUGCGACGGGGCUGGAUACGUAGAAAACAAAGGGGACCACAUCCUCGUCGCCGUGCAGAAACAGGAGGGUUUCACUCCAACUUUCAUCGAGUUUCCGGAGACUACCCUGUUCGAAGUGACACCACCUGCCGAGAUGGAGGGGAACUACACCCUAGAGCCGGAGCAGUACACCGAUAACGACACCCUGCCGAUGCCUCUGUUCGAUAGUGACAAACGGGAAGCUGAGGAGAUCGGAGCGAACGUGACGAUCGGAGACUUUAAGGAUCCAGCCGCCCGGUACUUCCGCCUCAGCCCCCAGAUUGUGCAGUGUUACGAGGCUGUGGCGCUGAGGGAGAACAAGUGGAACAAGUUGGGAGAAAUGUACCGGCACAUUGCUGUGUUGGAGGGCUACCUGACGACAGAGAACCAGGGAGAAUACUUCAACAUGUCAGACCCUCGCUACGACCGCCACACCCUGGGCUGGGCCAUGCGAGUCGGUUACUAUGGCGACGAGAUCUACGACCACGAGAAGUACUCGCCCUUACGUCUCGCGACAUUCGCCGUCAUCAAGUGUGGACCGCUCUUUGAUGAUAUUGGGAAAGGCAUUGGUGUGGGCCUGUACCGGAACUCCACGUUUAUUGACAUCCGGGACGACACGGAGUUCUGGGCGGACGACCCCGACCUGCUUCCCGUCAACGUCACCGAGUCCGACUGGGCGGGCGAGAUGGCCAUGCUUCUGGACUACGCUAUCGAGGGGCGUAUAAUCGAGCCUGACAGCCUGGAGCGCGCCUGCCUCCACUCGGACCCUCCCGCGAAGCAGUCUGCGGAGUUCCAACACGUGCACGUGGAGGCCGUGAAGCGACGCCGCCGGAGGAGGGAGGCCGGGGAGGAGGAGGAGGUCUGCAUCCCGAGGUCCGACACCGAGUUCUGCACCGAGACCACGCCGCACAGGGAAGUGGAGGUUGCCCAUAUCUGGGGCGAGGUGAAGCGUAAGCACCUGUUCCGACCGGAGGCGGACGUCAAGGCGGCGCUGGAGGGGUGCUUCGGCGCCUGCGGGACCUGUCUGGAAGGUGCCAUCAUGGAGGAUAAGACGGAGCACUGUAACAACUUCCUGCACUGGGUCAACUUCAACUUCCUGAACGACGAGCCUGACAUCACAAACUUCUGGGCACGUGACAACCAGGAACUCAAGGCGCAGGCGUGCCGCGACCACUGCAUUGUCAAGGCACCGGUGUUCUCCCUACUGGCCCCCUCUAUUGAGGAACUUUACCGCCCGGACCCCAAGAAGAGCGUGCAAGAACAGAUCUAUUCCAUGGCCAACAACCCGAGCCCCGUUAUGGAGCUCAUGCAGAUCAUCUACGCUGCGCAUGCGUCAGGAAAGGUCGAGUUCUACGUGGAGGACGCGGCGGAAAUGCAGUCCCUAAGGGCACCGCUCAAGGUUGUUCUGGUGUUCAACAAGAACGUCAGCGAGGUGAUCAUCAACGCUGUAGACGUGGAGGCGGCGGAGGGGGUUGUGCAGAACCUCGUGUUCGAGUGGACCAAGUCCUCCUGUCCGGAUGACACCCGCGAGUUCAUCACGCCUUUCUCCAUAGUCGAAAUGCCCUCCGGAAUCGCCAAGAGGAGCCCUGAGCACGAGAUCCGUGAGAUGAUGCUGGAGCGGCACCGCAACUGGGAACACGACUGGAUCAGCAGCAGCUUCGGCUAGAGCUCCGGGCAACAGAUGGAAUGGUGCCUACAGAGAGACACGAUUACUUCGUUCGUCCGUUCGUUCGUUCGUUCCUUCCUUCCUUCCUUCUUUCUUUUUUUCCUUCUUAUCCUAUCUCUUACUUUUUUAUCUUUCAAACAUCCAUCCACCUUUUCUUUCGGCUAGAACUCUGGGCACCAGAUGGGAGAAUAUACCUUCAGAGAAACGCUAUUAGGGGAUCCUUUGUUCAGAGUUCCUUCCUUCCCUCCCUCCUUUCUUCUUUUCCCAUCUCCUUUGUUCGUUCCUUCCUUCUUUUCCUAUGUUUAACUUACUUUCCUAUCUAUUUCAUCCAACCAUUCAUCUAUCAAUCCUUUCUUUUUCUCCACUCUACCCUUUAUUGUUCAUUAGCGACGUACACGAGAGGGAAGCGUUAGUUAUGGUAUUGAAUGUUUUAAACUACUGAGACUUUUAUCGGUUAAACGGACUAAUUAUGGCAUAAGACAAUUUUACUGAAAGUUAUGCUUUAAACGAGCUUUUUUUAGAAUUAAGUCUAGUCAUGCAGUACCUGUAACGGUCGCUAGACACAGUUUAACUGAGUUAUGGUUAUUGCCUUGUUCCAAACUCUUAGAGUCUAACUCAAUAAUUUACAUAAUAUGUACUGGUGUGUCUUUCUAUAUACUGUUUUGGCUUCCACUGUUUCACCGCACAGCAAGGAAUUUCACCUGCGCACUUUUAUGAACCUUUGUUUCAUGCAGUUUAAAUGUUUUUGUAAAUAUUGUUUGGUUUAGUUAGCACAAUGCCUGGUGUUAUGUACAAUUAAUGAAGGUAAAGUCGCAUGACAUAUUUGAGAGGUAAUGUGGGUAUGUUUAUCUCAGUUGUUAAUUUCGUUGAAGCUAAGUUUUUAGAUUUUUAAGUAUUGUAGAAAAAUUGUGAAACCAGAAGAGUUAAGGACAGAUUCUAAAGAAUUCGUAUUUAUCAAGCUUGUGUGUGACAAAUUUUGAAUAUGGUGAAAGUUAAUGUGUCAUUUUAGUCAUGGUUCCAUGUUUUUAUUUGCAUUUUAUUUGCAAUUUCUUGUUGGUUUUAUCUUUGUAUCAAAGCAGUUUAAAUUACUCUAUCUCUUACACAGAGGGAACCAGAGUCGCAAUACUUCUUCUAGACCAGACGGAGUGUGACUCUGGUUCCCUCUGCGUAGGAGAAUGAAAUUAUCAGUAUACAAUAGAGAACAAAUCUUGAAUGGUGCAAUAUAUAUAUCUUUAGACUUGGACUAAGUCACGUACGUCGUGUGAUCGUCGUAUGAUGACUUUGAUGCCAUAGCUAUAGGAUUUUCAAGCAGUCUGUGACAAAAACAACACAACCGUUCAAGGUUCAAACAAACACACAAAGCUGACAAAGAUCUAAGACAGCCUUUUAAAGAUGAACUUUGCAGGACACAUGCAUGGCUGUCCAAAAAAGUACCCUAAUCUAGCAAUCAGACGACAAUCACACGACGCAUGGGAUUUCGCUCUAAGUUGCUUUCAAAAUUGUAUGUGGUGAGUGUAAGGCUGGUUCUCUCAUCAAAUAAAAAACUCCUCGUGGGUA